AACCCUGCAUCGAUCUCUUCGCUGCGUGGCCACCAUGUCUUCCUCCGCCGUCCGGCCGUGUUUCCUUUGCCUCCACGCUCCCGCUUCGUCCUCCGGCCUCCUCCCGACCAGCCGUCGGCAUCGCAGCAGCGCCCUGCCGCCGGCACAUGGGCGUAACAACCGGAAGCCCGUCGGCCACGCGAUCGUCUGCAGCCAGGCCGGCGCCGGCGAUGGUCACGCCAUGACGAUCAAAAUCAACCCCCGGGGUCGAGCGGAGAAGGAUUAUGAGUUCCGUGAAGAAGGAGACAGAAUUGAGGAGUACUUCAGGAAGUUUUCUAAUGCCGGCACAUUGCACAUGGGGUUAGCAACAAUAUUUCGAGGUUAUAUUUGCAGGAUCGCUAAAAAUUCUGUGAGGCUGGCUUCUAUUGUCAUGGGUAAGCCAGGCAUAAUUUCUGAAGAUGCACGUCUCACCACACUGAUGACUCCAAGAAAGGGAGAAAAGAUGGCUCUUGGGGUGUACGUGCGCAACUUUGUCAGUACAGCCGAGGAUGCGUACAAUGAUAAGGUCACUGAGGAAACUAUUGUUACCUUUCUUGGUGCUCUUCAAGGUGUGGCAGCAAUGAGCUACUUCAUGGCCCAAGACACCCUUGCAAAUAUUGGUGAUGAUGAAGCUAGUUCACUGGACUGCGGUCCAGAUUCUGUUUUCAAUAGACCUUGGCUGGAGUACAUGAGGAAAACAGACAAUCUGAGACGUGAAUUCAAGACGGCUCCGCCACAAGACCCGGACGGGAUUGUGAUGAAUACGGUGACUGAAGCAAUGAAACUCACGGAGUCCUUUGUUAGAUUGAUGACUGUUCGUCGCAGAACUGCGCUACUAGGCCUUAUCCCAACUGUCACCACAGGCUCGGCGGCAGCAGUUUGAUGGCAAACCAUAUCUAUGCUUCAGAAAGAGAGUCACAAGUUCCUUGGAAGAUUAAUUGCAAGUCUGAAUCGGAUCAAGUCCACUUUAGUUUACCCAUAUGCAAUACAUGCAACUUUGUAUAAUAUUAAUACAGUUUUCAUGCGACAGUUCAGGUAUACAAUAUAUGGAAGACAGACUAGAGAUCUCACAGUUAAUCCAAAUUCCAAAUAUAUAUAACAUCAUCAAGUUAGAUGUAUACUUCUGUUUAAACUCCUUCUUGCUCUCCUACACCUUGAUAUCUUCUUUAUCCCAUCAGCAUUGUAGCCGACCUAGGAAGCGUGCCCGCCGUGUCACCAUCGGUUCAUUGAUGCCCUCUAUAGGCUAAACCCUUGGUGCUUUUGGACGGUGGUGGUCAACAGGCUUCAUCCGGUCGUAGAUGAACAACUUGUGCAUGUGCUUACGUAAAUCUGGCGCAGCGGCGCACGAGAUAGAGGUGGAUGGUGGUAUUACGAGUUUACAUCGAGAUUCUAUUGUAUUUGGAGGGAAGGUGUUUGCUCGAAGUUCUGUUGCGAGGAUGAUAGCCCCAGGUUUGACCUGUGGUUGGAUUAGUUAACAUUGGUGUGCGAGUGACGAUUCAUUCCUAGAGGUGUUGUCUUUUGAUACUUGCUCCAUUCAUUAGGUCACAUAUCGCUCGACUCAUGGAUUAUGGUCCACCAUUAUAAGGUUUGUGCUAGGAUUAUUGAGAUGGUGGCGUGAGACUGAUUCUACAUUGAUGGCCCUGGGUUUUUUCAAAUCGAUUUAUUCAUUGUCAAUGUCUGACAUUACUUUCGAUAAUAAAUAGUAAUAGUAUAUAACUUAUAUGAACCAAUCGAUAUGGAUGCUAAGGGGUUAUCCUCGUUGGAAAUAAUAAGCCCCACCUAGUGAGAGCCGUAGAAACAAAAUAGGUUAGGAGAGUUGGGGGACUCCGGUGGGUGUGGAAAGAGGGAUGAACAAUGAAACAGCUAAUUAAAUGAGGGAAUGCUCUCCCUUGAUGAUUGCCACUAUUAACGAGUGUCAUCGCUGACUGGCUAGCCAAUCAAUGAUGGCUAUGUAGAGAUGGCCGAAAUGUUGAACAAUGCAGGGAAAUAUCUUGUGCACCAGAGCUUGUAGUGCUACCGGUGCACUGAACUCAUAUUGCGCUUUUAAAAUGUUCAAAAAAAUCUGAAAUUUUUUUAGCACAUUCACAAAAUUUCAAGUCAAAAUUUGAAAGAUAACUCGAAAAACAAA